CUCAGAUUAAAAUAUGAAAGCUGCCAUGUAUAUCCUUCAUUAAUAAGGAGUCCAAAAUCAUUGUUUUGACACUGUCUGAAUCCCAGAGGUUACACAUACAGACCGGCUCGGGAAGCAAUGGAGCUCGCAAGGUGCAGCAGCCACGAUUCGGGGUGUCAGAUCCUCGGCACCAAGAAGCCGCUGCUCGUCGUCCUCUGGCUGUUGGGCGUCUUGGUCUGGCGAUGCGGGGCAGACAGCGCCAUGGAGGAGAUCACCACCGAGAAAGAGGCGGAAGAAAGCCACCGGCAAGACAGCGCUAACCUCCUGCUUUUCAUUCUAUUGCUUACACUCACCAUCCUCACCAUAUGGCUGUUCAAACACCGCCGCUUUCGUUUCCUCCAUGAGACUGGCUUGGCGAUGAUAUAUGGGCUUCUAGUGGGAGUAAUCCUAAGAUAUGGCAUCCCUUCCACCAACAGCCAUGGCAAGGUGCCAAUUGGCUGUGCACUGCAGGACAGGGCAGUGACCACACUACUGGUGAACGUCAGUGGAAAGUUCUAUGAAUACUCCUUGAAAGGGGAAAUCAAUUCUGGGGAAAUAAACAAUGUGGAACAAGAUGACAUGUUAAGAAAGGUAACCUUUGACCCAGAUGUUUUCUUCAACAUUUUGCUACCUCCAAUCAUAUUUUAUGCAGGAUACAGCCUCAAGAAGAGACAUUUCUUCAGGAAUCUUGGCUCCAUCCUGGCGUAUGCAUUUAUUGGAACUGCAGUGUCCUGUUUUGUCAUAGGAAACUUCAUGUAUGGCAUUGUGAAGCUGAUGUAUGCAGUGGGGCAGCUUGAAGAUGGAUUUUAUUACACAGACUGCCUGUUUUUUGGCGCUAUUAUUUCUGCAACUGAUCCCGUGACCGUCCUUGCCAUAUUCAAUGAGCUUCAAGUGGAUGUUGACCUUUAUGCUCUUCUGUUUGGAGAGAGUGUGUUGAAUGAUGCUGUGGCCAUUGUGCUCUCAUCGUCAAUUGUGGCUUACCAGCCAGCAGGUGAGAACAGCCACACUUUCGAUGCUGCUGCUUUCUUCAAGUGUGUGGGAGUCUUUCUUGGAAUAUUCAGUGGCUCAUUUGCCAUGGGGGCAGUGACUGGAGUGCUGACUGCUCUGGUCACCAAAUUCACCAAACUGCACUGUUUUCCACUCCUGGAGACGGCAUUGUUUUUCUUAAUGUCCUGGAGUACAUUCCUGCUGGCAGAAGCCUGUGGCUUCACUGGUGUAGUUGCAGUUCUCUUCUGUGGAAUCACACAGGCUCAUUAUACCUACAACAACCUGUCACCUGAAUCAAGAGAUCGAACAAAGCAGUUAUUCGAAGUUCUGAAUUUCCUGGCUGAAAACUUCAUAUUUUCCUAUAUGGGUUUGGCAUUAUUUACGUUUCAGAAUCACAUCUUCAACCCCAUCUUCAUUCUGGGGGCUUUUAUCGCUGUCCUGCUGGGCAGAGCUGCGAACAUUUACCCACUGUCUUUUUUCCUGAACUUGGGUAGAAAGCACAAGAUUGGCUGGAACUUCCAGCACAUGAUGAUGAUUGCAGGUUUGAGAGGAGCCAUGGCCUUCGCCCUUGCUAUCCGAGACACAGCGACUUACGCGAGACAGAUGAUGUUCACCACCACCCUGCUCAUUGUCUUUUUUACUGUUUGGGUCUUUGGUGGAGGCACCACACCAACGUUGUCAUGGCUACGGAUCAGAGUUGGUGACCCCCCUCCGUCGACAGAGGAUCUGGGCGAUACCCGCUGGAGCUACUUCAGAGUUGGAGUCGAUCCAGAUCAAGAUCCUGCACCCAGUAACGAGAGUUUCCAAGUGAUUCAAGGCGAUGUUGCAAACCCUGAAAGGACUAGCAGGACAAAGCAAGAAAGUGCCUGGCUCUUCAGGCUGUGGUACAGCUUUGACCACAAUUAUCUGAAGCCAAUCCUAACACACAGUGGUCCUCCGCUCACUGCCACUCUGCCUGGCUGGUGUGGUCCAAUUGCACGGUGCCUGACAAGUCCUCAAGCAUAUGAAAAUCAAGAGCAGCUCCGAGAUGAUGACUCUGACCUCAUACUCAAUGAUGGUGACCUGAAUUUGACCUAUGGAGGGAGUACACUAACUGCUAAUGGAUCCUCUGGCUCAGGUACCGCAUCCAACAGUGUGGACGGCAAGAGAACCAAGAGCAUCUCGGAAGAUGCAUUGGAAAAUGAUCUCGGGACAGAAGACCACGAACUCAUUACCAGGGGCACCAGAUUAGUUUUCCCUUUGGAAGAUCACGCUUGACAGCAAUAAAAUCAGUGAGGCACAGAAAGGCCCAUGGAGGAUCAAAGCCUACUUUGUUCUCGGCAAUGAGACUGAACUGGUUUACUUGUGUGUUUUCUUUUAUUUCCCCCCCUUUAUCCUCAAAACCUCUUGGCUCAGCUUUUACAGUGCAAGAAUGUGAAAACAUCCAUGUGUGGCAUUUCAUUUAAGCUUUAACUUGGGUAUGAAAAUGCCAUGACCCUUUACUGUACUGUUGGUGCCAUCGCUGUGUAAUUAGCUCGUUGACUGACUGAUUAGCCUCAACACUGUGAUGCUUCUCUUUAAAAACCCCAGUUACAGUGCAUGUACGUUGGUGCGGCAUGACAGCACUGAAACCGACCGUGUCACAUGAUGCUGUCAAUCUCUGAAAUGGUCAUCACCAGCAUCGUGCACCAGCUGCAGUAGGUGCUCCGCUAACCUGUAGCCUUUAGGUUCAAAGUAAUAGAGUGGGCGUGGUGUGUACCUACUGUGCACAUUUCUAAUCACAGAGAAGCGUCAAUUAUCUCUUUCCUGCCACUAGAAGUGACACUCGCUUCAGUUCCUAGUGUGCAGAGUUCUGGGCGCAUGUUUCAGUUUGCACUUUGUACCUCCCCCCCAGUAAUGUGAGCAGUUGCUACAAGCGCGUGUGUGCUUGCACCACUGUCGAAGCUGCCCCUCCCCCAAGUUGGUCCAACUUCAAGUGACUGGCAUUACAGGAGGAACGUCUUUUGAGUGGGGGAAAAGGACAUUGAAACCUCGGUGAACUUUGAAAUGGAAUUUUGUCCUUCAAAGAUUGUGUGAAAGAGAAGACUAUAAGCGUACUACUUAAACUGAAGGCACAUUGUUUUCUUGCUGAUGGUUUUGCUGUUGCGAAAUGCACCUGUGUGCUUGCGUCAGAGCGGUGUGGCUACGGUGUCCUUUUGUCAAUAUAUUUUCAAUGUCAUUAUAAGAUGUUCACUGUUUUAAUACUGAUAUCUGUUCGCUAAUGAUUACUUUAAACAAAGCUAUAAAGCACGUUGUUCAUGAUACACAUGGGAGAAGUAGACUUAGAUUGUAUGAAUUUUCCUAAGUUCACUGGACUCUGUCACAGUGUGCCACCACUAUCACAACAACAUUGUUCAGUGUUGUGCUAACCCUGGGACAGAUAACUGAGUAUCCAUUUCUCCCAGUUCUUUUUCACCUGCUGGGGGCCUGGAAAGAUUGAGAAUUUGUACCACCUCCUGGUCAUUUCUGAAUAGUGGCCAUUUAAAAUGCUGAUAAAUUGGGACAAUGGAGGGCCAAAGAAAAUUAACAUGUUCUGCAGUUUUUUUUAAUGCCUGUGACAACAGACAUGGGGUUAUUUCAACCUCUGCUUCCUUUUCAUGUCACUUUAAGGGCUAUGUUCCAAAGUUUUAUUGGAAUAGUGGGCCCAUGAAACAAGCAGUUGAAUGAUGCUGAGGAUUUCAAUGGAGAAUGAAUGAAGUUGGUUUGGCUGGUUUCUCUUAUUACUCCUGAUCAUUACAGAACCCCGUCAACUAUCCAUCAAGGUCAGAUGUUCCAAGUCCUACCAUUUAUCGAUUCAUUCUUCCAGUAGACAUGAAGGUACAUUUCACGUGCUUUUCACUUGGCAUAAGAAGUCAAACUAACCCAUCUCAAUCUUUGUGGAAGUAAAGCAGUAUAUUGAAUUCUUCAGAUGGAGACUUCCAAAAAGACGAUUUGUAUUAAAAGUUUCAGGUUAAACUUCUUUUACUGGAAGGAGAUAACUUGACGAAUGUAACUCCUCCUGUUCAGAGUAUCAUGUUAAACUGAAAUUGUAUACCGAGGUGAGGGAGGCAGUUUUGUUCCCCCUGAUUAGAGGAAGUGAAUGGAUUUAUGUAGUAGACAUGAGAGGACAAAAUGUGGUAAAUGUUCAGCAAAGUUGGCUGCUGCCCUUUGCAACAGGUUUAUUUAGUGAACUGCUUCAUGACAUGGGUCAGCAGCAGUCUCUGAGCAAUUUUGUUCAGCAGUUCCUUAAAGUGAAAGACAAUGACACAACCUAAUCAGGCCUCGUAAUCUAUUUAUUUUCAUUUGUCUAUGUUGAUGCUGUAUGAAAAUUGGAGCCCAAUUUCUAUUAAAACUUUUUUUCCCAUGAGGCAAGUACAAGAAUUUUGAAAGACUAUGAUGGUUCCAGGAGAAUAUUGUUUUAAAUAGUCAAAUUUUAGGAUUUACCAGAACUAAUUUGUUCCUUGAUUUAAUGUUAUCUUUCAUUUGCCAAGGACUUUAUGGGCACUGCAUACUUCAUUUCAAUCCAGGCAAGAGUUUAUUGUGUAGAGGGAAUAGAGAGCUGUUCUGAAUCAGUUGAUUUGAAUUAACAUGGGCCCCAAAAUAUGCUUUGAUUAUGUAAGCUUGUCCUUCAGGUGCCCAUGAACUUUCAGCUUAGUGGAAGGACUUGGUAUGGAAAUUUUGGUUUCUUAUUCUUUAAAAAGGCUUUAAUUUCACAAAAAAGUGUAGAGCGCCCAAAGUGAUAGAGUGCUCCAGGGAGCAAAAUGGUUGAAACUGCCAUGAAGUUGUAAAUGAAUGCGGCAAUGUCAUUAUUUUUAUUAUUAUGGCUGAGCUACAGUGUGUUUUAGAUUGUUUUCUUGGCAUUGUUAGCCACAAUAAUGUUUAACCUUGAGAGCUGGUUUCAUAAAAACAUGGUUCUUGUCUUCUGUGACUUCUUCCCUCCACACUCCAUUCCAUCAACAUAUACACACUGAAAAUGGAGCUGAAGCAAGUCCAAAGCAGGGUUGAGCGUUUACCUUUCUGAAACUUGCAUCUGAUGUGAAUGCUGGCACAUGACUAUAUCAGAUAGCACUGGAAGUAUUUCCUCCCUCCUUACCCAACUAUGUACAGAGCAUGGAUAGAGGGGAGAUGAUGGAAUGACAACUGUUCAGGAAUUUUUUUACACCACUGUUCAGGUUGUAUCUAUAGUUGUGAUAGUGAAGGAAAUGGGCAUUUCUUUACAGAGAGUUCUAUUACACUUGUUUCCAAAAUAUGCCACAAGCUUGCAGAAGCAUUAUGACAGCUUUGGUAAGACCUUUCAGGAAUUUUGAUGUUAUUUUGUUAGUCAAAUUGUGAUUCCAGAACCUAUUUCAUUUUGUGUUUAUUGUUAGAAUUUUGAUUGGUGAUUACACUGUUUUCUGGAAACUACAAUUUAGUCUGCACUGAAAACAAAAUGGAAAUAUCCAUGUUAUCUCUAGAAGUGUAAAGAUGUGCAAAGUUGUAUCAAUAAUAUGAUGUUGUAUUUGUUUACUCUGCUUUAUAAAAUAUUUCUAACAAGAAGUCGUGCUUAGCCAAAGGAGGAGCUAUGAAAAGGGGUUUUGGUCACAGUAGUGGGUUUUGAUAAAGGCAGAGAAAGAGGUGGAGAGGUUAGGGCCAAGGAGGGAGAAGACACAGCCACCAAUGGUGAGGCAAAGUAAAUCAAGGAUGUGCAAGGCCAUAUGUUAGAAUGUGCAGUUUUCUGAGAUAAGUAGGAGGUUAAUGUGAUGGCAGAAGUGAGGUCAGUCUGGGAUUUGAAUACAUUGAUAUAAAUAAGGAAUAAUUGACAGACCAGGAGCCAAUGUUGGUCAGGGACCAUGGGGGAAUGGGUGAAUGGAUCACUGCAGGUUGGGUAAAGAGUUUUGCAGGUUAGAUAAAGAGUUAGCAGCAGAGUUUUGGAUGAUAAAUAUAAGCAUAGUGAAAGACUGGCAAGGGGACAAGGGCAUAGAUGGUGCCGGUGGAUAAACAAAUGACGAGUGGUGACAGGUGAUAUUAUUGAAGUGGAGGAAUACAGUCUUGACAAUAAAUGUGAUUGGGGUCAAAGUUCAGCUCAAGUCAAGUUGGUUGCAAAACCAUGAGUUGACCCUGAGAUGGUCAUUGGUGACACUUAUCCUUUCAAAUUGUCUUAGCACCCUAAAAAUUAGGUGCAAUUACCAAGUUUGAUGGAAGCUCUGGGAUUUUUGCAUCUGUCUGGAAAUGGGUUCCUCCUAUUGAUGGACCUUGCUCAGGGUGGCAGGAAGUAUUCCAGUUUAUCCUCUGGGCCUUUGUUAAGUAACUGCCACCCACACACCCCCAGCACUAACUUUUAAAGUUUUUUUUAUAUUUUUGAACAUUAUUGUUCCUUACAGUAGGACCCAGAGAUCACCCCGUUUUCCCAGAUAUAAAUAUGGCAAGUACAUUUUCUGAUCUCUCCUUGCACAAACACCUGGAUGGACAUGCACACAGCAUGUACCUGAAUAAUCAGAGAUUACCCUGAUUUAAGCAGGGCUGCAUCUGCCUCUCUCUAACAUGGCAUUUUUGGUUUGAAAGUAUAUGACCCUCGUGGAAAGUCUUUCAGAAAUCUUUUCAUGAUAUCAGACAACAGACACUUAAGUGAUCUUUGAUGUAAAUCACAUGAUUAACAUUUAUUCCUUACUGCAUUUUCACUAACAGGGAUGGAGGGAGCUUCAGCAUUUCAAUUGAAUUUGUUUGCUCAUCCCUUGUGAAAUUAGGAUGACUUGUAAAUGCUGAAGCUUGGGUUUAACAUAUUCUCUGGGGAAGAAGGUGGUCUUUGAUCACCACCAUUAAAUGAGCAUAGCUGUGUUGCCUGUUUGUUCUAGUACCUUCCCAACGUUCCAUCCCAUUUAUUCCAACAGAACUGAAAUAAUAUGAGGGGUUUGUAACAUGCAGCCUAUCAGAGUGUAGCAGUGGCGAUAAAAGGCUGAUACUAAAUUUUCAAAACGUCUUAUUUGCUCUUGUGCUAUUUUAUGUACAUGCUCUGCUAAUGUGCUUUUCUCCAGCCAUUGAGCACAAACUAUUUCUUUAAAAAAAACUGAGACCUGCUGUAGUACAUUCUGCUCCAGAAUCGCUUUCUGAAAUCCGACAAAUGUAAGAAAUUAUUUUUCACAUAGAAACAUCUGUGUUACUCAUGUGGCACAUAACCUGUACAAGGGCAGUAACGAAGCAAUGUUUUGAGGGGAAAAUGAGAAGUGAAUGCACUACAUAUCCAAGGAUUUUAGAUAUUAGAUGGUUAAAAUUCUGUUGUUUUAAUACAGUCAGCACUUCAUGAACAAACUUGUGCAUGUGUCUUUCCAGUAUCUUUUAACUGAAAGCAACAGGGCUAGAUUGGAUGUUUACCAUGUAUAAAGUUUCUGUUUGAAUUGCAAGUUGGUAACUGGUUUCAGUCAGUUCUUUGUGCAUCUUGUGUGAUUAGAUCUCCCUACUUUUGACUUGGAUCUUUGCAUGAAGAAUCAGUCAACAGCUAACAAAAAGACUUGUGUAUGAGACUUGAUGCAGAAAACACUUGUCAAGUUCCCAAUACGUCUUGUGCUCAAGUCUGUGAGUAGAAAACUUUGGGAAGGAGAUAGGGGGGAAAAAAAAGGAGGGUCAAUAUAAUGAUCUAAGUGCUCUUCUUGGAAUUUCUACCAGUGUUUAAAGUGUCACCACUGUCACCCAAUUUUCUUCAUUAAUUCCUCUCUGCAACCAUCAGAGGUAAAGUUGGAAAAAUAAGGUGUUUUCCCCACACCCCCCACUCCAAGUGUUCCUAAUGUAUUCCUGUCUCUGAGAAUCUCUUUCUGGUGUUUCUAGGGAGUGUUGAAAAGCUCACAAAAGGGCUUAAGCAAAUUCAGAUGAUUACCAUUUCUACCCUGGUCUAUUUCAUUUGCUGUGGGAAAUUUCGAGGAGCAUCAAACACACACAGGCUUGACAAUGUGAAAUACUCUUGUCUAUUAUUCAACCCCAAUACAUGAAGAGGGCAAAGUGAACAGGGAGAAGGAAACUGGAUACUUUUAUAUGCUUAGGAUGUGCUAUCUGUCCAAUCUGGUGCAACAGAACUUUGUUUCUUAGCUCCCGAGAUGAUCUAUCCCAGCCAAUGGCAUCCCCAGCAUGAGAGGGUUUGAGGCGGGGUGGUAAGCAAUCGCAAGCACUUCUUGACCAAUCCCAUUGCACCUUAGUACUUGGAUUUUUGAAAAUAAAUAUUUGUAUUUUUUCUGCUGUGCAGGAGAUUUGUAGAUGUAAAAGUCACCCACACCAGGUGAUGUUGUUAACUCCUUGCUGUGCAGCCCUUUGCAUUGGGUUUGAUUGCCUUUCCCCUCGCAAACUGCGGUUAUGUCUUUGGUUUGUUUUAAUUUACCUGAAAGGAAUGGAGAAAAUAUUUGUUUUUAAACUCUGAUAGAAUGUGAAAUAGAAAUAAUAGCGGGGGAGGGGAAAAGUACUAGGUCCAUUGUGAAAAUGGCAAUUUGCCUCUAUCUCAACAAUACUCAGUACAGCAAAGGUUAGUCAUGUUGACAAGUUAUCAUUCGCUGUUUAAUGGUUGCUGUGUGUUGACUCUGAGCUUAAUCAUGUGCUUGUGCCACUAAAGACAAUGAUUCCUUAUGUCUGGUAUGAUGCCUUUAAAUAAUUUCAUUAACUAGACCACAUGGACCCAAACUAAUACUGAAAUAACCAGCAUCCGUUUGUUGAACGGUAGCUAACUUGACCCUGUGUUUCCAAUACAAAUGUGAGUUAAGUAGUUUUCCUAAUUCUGAUGUGUACAGCAGUGCAGGUUAAUGUACUAAUGUAAUCAUGACUCAUCAUGCAUGGUACAAAAAUUUGUGUAUAUGUUGUCAUAAAAAUAAAA